AUGCGCUACCAUAUAUCCAGACGCCAAAAGAUUAUUUUCUUAAUCAUAUUCGCCUUCUUUUGCAUCAUUCUUAGCGCUUGUCAUAGUGAUCAAGGUUUUCAUUUACACGACCAUUUAGGAACGAAACGACCGUAUCCAAUAACAACUCCUCAUGCAGAUGAAUUAAUCCCACCACCUCAAUGCACGUUAUCACAAUUAUAUCUUUUGGCUCGUCAUGGCAUCCGGCAUCCAACAAGGGGAGACGUCACUAAGUUCAAUAAACUGAUCGAUUUGUUUAAGGAUGUUGGAAACGAAGAAUCAUGGUGGAGGCAGUGGAGGAAUCCAUUUAAGAAAUUUCAAGCAGGUCUGUUGGCUAGAACUGGAGAAGCCGAAUUGUACUUGAUGGGGAGAAGAGCAAACAGUAGGUACAAAAAGUUUUUGGAUAACGCGACGUACGAUGCGAAUCUUUUUGAUUUCGAGAGUUCGGCGAUCAGCAGAUCGGGACAGUCUGGCGUUGCUUAUUCGCUUGGGCUGUUUGAGGGACAGGGAUCGCUCGGGCAGCCAUUAUUUCAGCCUGUUUAUAUACACACCAUACCACUGAACGAGGACGACCAAUUAGCCGUCAAAUAUGCUUGCCCAAUAUGGCGUUCAAUACAACGUAAUAACCCGACCCGCGAACGCGAACUGUCUUUUUACAUAUCCAAAUACUUUCCUGCCAUAGCCGAUCGGAUCUCUAAAGAGCUCACCAUAUCUCCACCUCUACUACCUAUCCACGCCGAGUACAUACAUCGUGCAUGUGGAUUCGAAAUCUCGUUCUACAACAGGAGUGAUACAUGGUGUUCGUUACUACGACCUGAUGAUUUUAAAAUUAUGGAAUAUUUUAAUGAUAUAAGCAAUUAUUACACGUAUAGUUAUGGUAAUCGUUUGAAUGAAUUGAUGGCGUGUAGACUAGUGACAGAUCUCGUGGAAAGAGUAGAACAGGCAAUUGAGACGAGGAACAGGGGGGAGGAACCCUGGGUGAGGGGUGUGCUUAGAUUUGCACAUGCCGAGACGGUCUUUUUCUUGACUACUUUAUUGGGGCUAAACAAAGAUCAUGAACAUCUAAAGGCUAAUUGGACAUCAAGUCAAAUCUCAGCCCGUAAAUUCCGCUCCUCCCAAAUUUCACCCUUUGCUGCAAAUUUUUAUUUCGAAAUCUACACCUGCGAUUCGUCAUCAACAAUGAUUCGUAUGUUGAAGAACGAAGUGCCCACAAUUAUACCUGGAUGCGGAGAGCUGUACUGUUCUUGGGAUGUGUUUAAGAAAAUUUUUAAACACAGUAUUAAUUGUGAUUUUAAAAGGUUUUGCAAACAUAAGAAGAAUAAGGUAACCGCAAAUUUAGUUCAAUGGGAACUGAAUCAGGAAUGGGAUAUUAUCUGA